AUGAAGUUUCCCUUGAUUUCAUGCACCGUGCUUCUCGGUUGCAGCUUUCUCUCUUUUGCAUUCCCAACCGCAUCGAACGUUGCACUCCUUGCAAGAGCCGGCGGGUUGGAUAUCCCGGAGGACUUGGUGUCACUUGACGACGUUAUUCGUCAUGUACGAAGAGACCAGCAUGAGAAAAGGCUGCUUGUUGAUCCGUUGAACAAGCCGGUCGAUGUCAGCGGCAAACACAAAUGGCAAGCUCCGGAUUUUGCUGCAGGCGCACAGCGAGGUCCCUGCCCUGGACUCAAUGCGUUAGCCAACCACGGCUAUAUUGACCGCUCUGGAGUAGCAAAUGUAAGUCCAUGCCUUGAAUUUGUCCUUCAUGUUUAUGGAAUGGAUAUUGGGCUCUCGACCAUCCUUUCCACGAUGGGCACCGUGUGGACUGGCGAUCCUUUGUCUUUGACUCCAGGCUUCUCCAUUGAUGGAGUAUCUCCCAAGGUUCAAAAUCUUCUGGGCAACCUACUCGGCCUCUUGGGCGAGCCUCAAGGCAUUGGAAGGUCACAUAACUUCAUUGAGGCUGACGCUUCACUCACCCGGGAUGACCUUUACCUCACUGGUGAUGCCUCCACCAUGAACAUGGACAAAUUUCUGAAGCUGUACAAUCGACCUGGUAACGGGACAGACAUCAUCUCGAUCGACGACGUCCUGCAGCAAGCGGUUGAUGCUCUCAACGAAUGCAUUGCCACCAAUCCAUAUUGCUGGUACGGGCCUUACACUGGCAUGAUUGCCCGCAACGCUGGGGCUGCAUUUGCACUCCGAUUGCUGUCCAAUCACUCGGCGGAGAAUCCUGAAGGGGUUCUGACCAAGGAAGUGUUCAAGUCCUUCUGGGGCGUGGUUGACACUGACGACGGCGGACUGGAGUAUAAACGCGGAUGGGAGCGCAUCCCCGACAAUUGGUUUCGAAGACCUGUUGAUUACGGCUUGGUCCAGCUAAAUCUGGAUUUUGUAGCCUGGUUUCUCAAAUACCCGGAGCUCGCAUCAAUCGGAGGCAACACUGGGACGGUAAAUUCAUUCACGCCCUUGGAUAUCUCGGAUCUUUCUGGUGGUUUGCUGAAUGUCGAAACAUUGUUGGAGGGAAACAACCUCAUUUGCUUCGCGCUCCAGAUUGUCAAGACAGUGUCACCGAAUUCUCUGUCAAACCUCUUUGCAACUCUGGCGGAGCCACUGAAGCUCAUUACCGACGCGCUGGGCUCGGCGAUCACGCCUUUGACAUGUCCAUCGUUUGGAGAUCUUGCGUAUGGUGGUCAACCGAUCUGGGAUUCGCUGAACAAAGCCUUCGCUGGCCCUGGACGUGCAGGCUCGCCGCUGUGA